GUGGUAAUGGAAGGUGCAUAUGAAUCUGUGUAUACUGCGACAUGGCACUAUGUGGAGGGUGUUGGUGGUGAGGGAUUCGGUAUGCGAGUGAAAGAGGGCCAUCCACCGCAACUGUGGACAGAUGAUGAGGUGAUGAAGGGUUCUGUAGAGGACGAUAUUGAUAAUGAGAAACCCGAGGAUGGACGUCUGGAGUUGAUGGUGCUCACCUCUGAGAAAGGGUGGCCAUGCACAGGGUUCAGUAUGAAUAAGAGCUGCGAUAUUUAUGUUAACAAGGAGGUGAUGCGUGUAUGGUAUAAAAUUCUAAAGAAUCUGGAUGAGUAUUUUGGCAAACGUGUGGAUGCUAUUGAGGAACUCACUCCAUAUGUGUUAGUGGGAACGCCUGGAAUUGGCAAGUCCUUUGCAGCUGGUUCAUUCCUCCUCUAUCAACUGUUGCGCUACGAUGCAAAAAAACUCCCAGUGGUUGCGUACUUCAUUAGGGGUGGGGCCUAUCUGUUUGAAAAGAAGAGUGAUGGUGGAAAGGUGACUUGGUACAAAAAUGAAGAAAAGGCAGUAAGUGUUGCACAGGAUUUCUUUAACCAAGGUAAAGAAAAUAAAGAAAAAAGAGGAUACAUAAUCUAUGAUGUGGAUGAUAAAAGCAAAGGAGCACCGCGCGCGCUGCCUCCUUCAGGGUGGGGCAUGACUGUGAUAUCAUCCCCAAAUGAGGAACAAUAUAAAGAGUGGGAGAAACAAAAAGUGGCAGAGUGCAUCGUUAUGAAUUGUCCAACUGUGCGUGAAAUCAAGGCCAUAUGUGCAUGG